CGAACUCUUCCAAGGUCGAAAGCCCAAUCUUCCAUCACUGUUUUGAGUCGGUCACUCUGAUCCCCACCAACGCUGUACUGUCGAUUGGUGGGUUUACAACCACAGGACAGUAUAAAAUGGUACCACCUACGAACUCUUGUCUUAUCCGCGAGCACCUACUGCAGCGAGGUUGAAACGCAGUGUUGAAUUUGGCGAAUUCACGUCCAUGCAAGCGAACACUUUCAUCCUUCAGGAUGACAGAUUUCUGAAUUUCUUCGUGAGGGCGGGGGUGUUGGAUAUCUACCUAGGGUGACUACCAACCCUUCCUAGCAUCGUGGAAAGUCCAAAGUUUACCGAACUACGUGUUCAUACGAACUUAUUGCGCAAGAGGCGCGAAGGAGUCGCUCAGUCGUUCCUGAAUUGUAGAUCAUGAGAUUGUGCUAUCAGCAGAGCAAUUCAGGUUAUCGGAGGGAAGUGUUUGCAGGAGUUGCUCAGACGUUCCUAAGGAGGAGAUAAUGAGCUAGUGAUAUCAGCAGAGCAGGCAUCGAUGGAAGAGCUUCAUGUAUAGUCGUCCACAGAAGCCAAGAUCUACAAAACAGGCUCGGACAGGCUUGCCUGAUUUGCCGAGCAUGUCGAGGGCCAUGUAUUGCUGCAGUUCUAUCGUCUUGCUUUUGCUCGUCUCACUGCGACUUGUGACCCUCGGUCAAGGUGCAUCAGUACUUCGUUGCCAUAUGUUGCCGGCUGAAGAGUGCGCAUUCGCAGUGGACUCGUCAGGCAAGAGAUGCGUGCUCACGGAGAAUAGCGACGACGCAGUUUCCAUCGUCCGCAGCUGCGAAACUUCAGAAAUCUCAGUCGGAGAUGACAGUCCAAUUGAGUACAUUGAAACUGAGCAAUGUGUGAGGGCCUGCGGCGUUCAUAAGAUGACCAUUGGAUUCGCACGGAGCACGAACCUGCCGACAGAUCAAUUUAUGUCGAAGCUAUGCUCAUGGGAGUGCAAACACAACUGCCCGAACCUCGUUGAUCUGUACAAUAAUGUCUCCAUAGUUGUAGGAAAAGAAGGGAAAUUUAACAGUUACACAGAGCUCUGUAAUGAUUGGCUGCACAGAUCUGGCAAAUCAAUAAGGUCUCGUAGGCUGCAUCACUUGCUGUAAAUUAAGUUCUGUGUCUACACAGGGAUAAAUCCAACACAAUAUCGCCGUAUCCUAACCGCUGCUCAUUCAUAUAAACCAUCGUCACUUGAUGGAGUCAAAUGAGAAGCCGCUUUCAUAAUUACGAAUCGUUGUAACAGUCAAUUGACAGGAGUAAUAGUUGUUUUCUGUUUUCAUAUGGUUCAUCAACUUAAACACAUAAAUUUUUAGUCACACAGACAGAAGCAAGUAUUCAGAAAAGCAUCAAUUUCAGCACUCUACAUCGGAACCCCAGCUGCAAAUAAAAUGCCUGU